GGGUAGUGCAGUUUGUCCCGGUCGAUAACCUGGAUGGAUGUGUGAAGGCCCUAGAUCACUCAGCUACGUUUCGUUUUUCGUAUAUUCUAAUCGGAGAAGACAUUACACAUAAAAUUUGCCAAUUACCUCGCUUUCUUCUAAAACACCAACGUUUGAAAAGCAGACGACCUUCUACGGUGGUCUGUGGCGAUUCAUCUCAGUACCCAGUAUGACCAUCUCGACGACCACUCUCGGGAGCGGGGCGACGACAGCAACUCGCAAAGAAGUUGAAGCUAAAUAUGAAGAAGAGCGUCAAAUUCAGCUUCAAUCCCGGGGAAUGGUGCAAGACAUCGAAAUUACCCGCAAUGCCAGCUUCGAGCAAUUUGCAAAGGACCCUUGGGCGGCACCAAAACAGGUGGAUGUGGAAACUCAGCGAGAAAAAUUACUUCAGCAAGCCCAUCACAAAAUCGUCAUCAUCGGCGCCGGAUUUGGGGGACUACUUUUCGCCGUGCGCUUGAUUCAGACUGGAAAAUUCAAGGCAAAUGAUAUCAUCCUUGUUGAUAGCGCCGCUGGGUUUGGAGGCACUUGGUACUGGAACAGGUAUCCGGGUUUGAUGUGCGAUACAGAGAGUUACAUCUAUAUGCCUUUGCUCGAAGAGACCGAAUAUAUGCCCCGAAACAAGUACGCAUCUGGAAAUGAAAUCAGAGAGCAUGCGGAGCGCAUUGCAGAGAAAUACAAUCUUUCUGAACGUGCCAUAUUCAGGACUGUGGUCCAAAGUUUGGAUUGGGAGGAGGAAGAAAAGGUCUGGAAGAUCGCAGGCGUCAAGCUCGGCAAGGAUGACGAAUGUCAACAGCCAUUCCAAUUAAUGGCGGACUUUGCAAUAAUGGCCUCGGGAGCGUUUGCCAGUCCUCGAGUGCCUAAUUAUCCCAACAUCUUCGAUUAUAAAGGAAAGCUGUUCCACACUGCUCGAUGGGACUACAAAUACACCGGGGGAUCCAUCGAGAACCCAAAGAUGUCAGGACUGACGAAUAAACGUGUAGCCAUUAUUGGCACAGGCGCGACUGCGAUCCAGAUUGUUCCCCAGCUGGCAAGAAACAGCCGUGAGCUUUUUGUGUUUCAAAGAACUCCAGCAGCCGUCGAUGUGCGCAACAACUACCCUACAGAUCCUGCGCGUUUCAAAUCAGAGAUCCAAGGCGAUGGUCCCGGGUGGCAGCGUCGUCGCCAAAUCAACUUCAAUGCGUUUACAUGCAAUGAAAAGACUCUCCCCACUGACAACAAGGUCGGCGAUGGGUGGACCAGAAUGCCCUCAUUCAGCGUGCUGAUUGGUGGGCCCCAGAGCCUGGAGCCAGACUACAUCGAUGAAAUUCGACCAAUUGAUAUGGCACGUCAAAGUGAAAUACGGUCACGAGUGCAUAAGCUCGUUCAGUCUACUGCGAUCGCUGACAGCUUGACACCCUGGUACCCCGGUUGGUGCAAACGACCUUGCUUCCACGACGAGUAUCUUCAGUCAUUCAAUAGCUCCAAUGUCCAGCUUGUCGAUAUUCGGCACGAUGGUAUUUCUCGCUUUACGCCCAAGGGCUUGGUUGCUAAUGGGGUGGAGUACGAGCUCGAUGCCAUUAUUCUGAGCACUGGUUAUACCGUCCCAGUGACUCGGGCAAGCCCGUCGGGGCGCGCUAACAUCGCCGUUACCGGUCGGCGAGGGGUAACAAUGGAGGAGAAGUGGGCAAAUGGACUUGCAACCCUCCACGGUGUCAUGACUCGUGAUUUGCCGAAUCUCUUUUUCGCGGGAACAUCUCAGGCUGGCGCUUGUGUGAAUCUCACUUACGCCUUGGACCAGAAUGCCAUUCAUGUUGCUCAUAUUCUGUCGGAGGCCGUGAAGAGACAGCCUUCAGAUUGCACCAAGCUAGUCAUUCAGCCGACCCACGAGGGAGAAGAGGCCUGGACGAUGGAGAUUUUGCAACGAGCGGCAGGAUUCCGUGGUAUCGCGGGUUGUACGCCGGGAUACCUGAAUGGGUACGGGAUGGAUGCAUCUUCACUCAAGCCAGAGGAGCAGAUGAAUAUGGCACGCCUUGCUGCAUGGGGGCAAGGAAUUGCCAGUUAUGUUGAUGCGCUGGAGGGAUGGAGAUCUGAAGGCCAGCUGGAGGGCGUUGAGAUGACAUUCCUUGCGUAAUACGGCUGUGUGCAUGUGCGACGUACACUGGCAUUGUCAGUGUUCAAAGCCAAUUGUCGUGGGGCUCGGUAGCAUCAGGAUAGUAUGUGUCGUAGUUCAUAUCAAAUAUUAUCAUUCA